AUGGUGGGAGCCGCAACAAGAUGGUGGGAGGUGGGGACCACAACAAGAUGGUGGGGGCCACAACAAGGUGGGGGCCACAACAAGAUGGUGGGAGGUGGGGACCACAACAAGAUGGUGGGAGGUGGGGGCCACAACAAGAUGGGGGGCCACAACAAGAUGGUGGGAGGUGGGGGCCACAACAAGAUAGUGGGAGGUGGGGACCACAACAAGAUGAUGGGGGCCACAACAAGAUGGUGGGAGGUGGGGGCCAAACAAGAUGGGGGGCCACAACAAGAUGGUGGGAGCCACAACAAGAUGGUGGGAGGUGGGGGCCACAACAAGAUGGUGGGAGGUGGGGGCCAAAACAAGAUGGAUUUGGUGAGAGGUGGGGACCACAACAAGAUGGUGAGAGGUGGGGACCACAACAAGAUGGUGAGAGGUGGGGACCACAACAAGAUGGUGAGAGGUGGGGGCCACAACAAGAUGGAACACCUCAGAGCUUUGGGGCCAGGCCAACAAGAUGAUGGGGAGGUGGGGACCCACCAUCUUGUUGUGCCUGGUGAUUGCGCAGAGAUCAUUAAUGGAAAGGAAGUGGUGCCUCACUCUUUACCCUUCAUGGCUCGACUGGAGGACGGUAAAGGUAGUCUAGUCUGUGGAGGGAUCCUCAUCCACGAGUCAUGGGUCCUGACUGCAGCCCAUUGUAAAGGAAUCAAGAAUGUCAAUCUGGGUGUCCACUCGGUGAAGAACGAAGCGAAGGCUUCCAGACAGCUCAUAGCCGUGAAGAAGCAUGUUCCUCAUCCCGACUACAAUGUUGCGGAGUUACGCCACGACAUCAUGCUGAUAAAGCUGACGAAACCAGUGAAGCUGACCGACACCGUGAAAGUCAUGGAUCUACCCAAGCCUGCAUCUGGUGUCCCGGCUGGGACACAGUGCUUUGCGGCCGGAUGGGGAGACACGAAGGAGAAUGGUGACCAGUCUGAUGUCCUGCUGUCUGUCAAUGUCACCGUGAUCGACAGGAAGAAGUGUAACUCUCCUGAUUACUACCACUUCUCCUCUGUCAUCACCGGAGGAAUGCUGUGUGCUGGUUACGGACAAGACAGAGCUGGCACUUGUCAGGUGUACUCCGGUGGCCCGUUGGUGUGUAGAGAUGCACUAAGGGGAGUGGUGUCAUUUGCUGGAGGAUGUGGUCGCGUCAACAAACCUACCGUCUACACAUUCAUAUCUAAAUACACUGACUGGAUCACUAAAACCAUCCAAACCUCUGGCUGA